UUUCAACCCAUCGCCCGCCAGCUGUUCUCGUCGCCGGCAAAUUAAUAAUCAUAUAUUUAAGGAAUAUUCAACGUUGAUUAUGAACGAUAUCAAACAGUUGAAGGAUCAGCAACGCGACAAACAUCCCGGAUUCGAUGCCUACCUGGAUUGUAUGACCCGUUCCCUCUUCACGGGCCUGGCCUCAUUCUGCUUGGGCUUUUCCGGCACCUACUUUGCCCAGAAGAUAAUUCAGUCGAAGAUCCGCUAUCCGGCCAAGUACAACAUUUUGGUGGCCUCAGUGGUGGCCACGGGCAUCUCGUACCAGGCGACAUCCUCACGCACCAGAUCUUGCCAAGCCGCCUGGAUGGCCUUUGAGGACAAGCAUACGAUACUGAAGGAGGAAACCUUUUAG